AUGAAUCUUAGUGGCGCUUCAGAAGCUUUGGAGAAGGCUCUAAAACAAAUUGAGCCAAAGACCGAAGCGAUGGAAAUGGACUUAUACCCAAAAUUGGUCGAACUUCAACGUUGGGAACAUCAAUGGGAAAAGAUGAACAAUGAGAUGAGUGAGCAACAACAACAAGCUCUGCAGAGUAAUGGGUAUACCCAUUUGAGUCAUGUUCAGAUGAAGAAGGUGUACAGUAAUUCAUGUGAGUUGGGGUGGAGUAGGGUAGAGUAGGGUAGGGUAGGGUAGGGUAGGGUAGGGUAGGGUAGGGUAGGGUAGGGUAGGGUAGGGUAGGGUAGGGUAGGGUAGGGUAGGGUAGGGUAGGGUAGGGUAGGAUAGGGUAGGGUAGGGUAGGGUAGGGUAGGGUAGGGUAGGGUAGGGUAGGGUAGGGUAGGGUAGGGUAGGGUAGGGUAGAGUAGGGUAGGGAAAGGCAGGGUAGAGUAGGGUUGAACAGGGUAGGGUAGGGUUGAACAGGGUAGGGUAAGGUUGAGUAGAGUAGGGUAGAAUAGAGUACGAUACCGCAGGGUAUGUUAAGGUAAAGGCAGGAUAAGCCCGAGUAAUUUUUCAAUAAAAGCUUCUUUUCAGUAGCCCCAAAGCUAGACGAAUCAUCCUUCAUGAACGCUCACUUGACCGAAGCUCAAAAGGAAUAUCGGCUAGAACAAGAUAUUCGUGAACUGGCCAAACUCAAUGCGCAGCAACUAAAUUUAAAAGAAGUACAAGCUUCAAAAAGAGAUCGCAGGACAGUCCAGAUAGAUACAACACAUUUGGAAGCUCAAGAGUUCACGACUGGCGGUGAUACACCACCAUUGAUAGUGUUUCACCCUAAUAAUACUGUAGCUGAGGUUGCUGUCACUUCAUGGCCUAUUUUUUUGAAUGCAAGUAAUGGAAAUUGUAGUGGUAAAGGUGAGUUUAAAUUUGAUGAAAUACAUUCUUUUUGGAAUGUUAGGGCCGUAUUUUAUAAUUUGAGACCAUUUCUAAUGAGGUAGAGCGUUCGUAAGGAGUUUUGACUGUUAUUCAGAAGUCGGGACCAUUUCAAUGAGUGUGAGACUAAUUAGGGAAAGUGGGCCUAUUUCUAAGGCUGUGAUCAGUUUUAAAAAGGUGUGAUGAUGUGGUUACUUAUAAGAAGCUAGUACUCGUUUUAAGACGCUGUUACUAUUUUUAAAAAGGUAGGUAUAUUUGAAAUUGUUACCAUAUUUUCAAAACUUUGUAAUUUGUUUUAAAACUCGGACUAUUUCACAAAAAAAUCAUUUUUAUUUUGAAAUACUAAUCGAAAAUGGCGAGAACUUUCAUUACAAACAAAAAAAGCAAAAACUUUCUUUACAAAACAAAAAAUGGCAAGAACUUUCUUUACAAAACAAAAAGUGGCAAGAAAAAAAAUUUUAGCUGACCAAAAACCGUAUUGUUUGAUAAAUAUUAUAGUACAAUCAAUGAUUUUGAACUCAUUUAAAACAGCUGCCAUUCCUUUUAUUAUGUGUUGUAAAUUAAUGUGGGAAAACAUGUCAAAACGUGUCGCUGUGCUCGAAAACGUGCCAAGCAUAAGAAAGAAGGACAACUUCCUUGUUAAACUAAAAAUAAUUUUAGCAAAAAAUGGGAAUAAAAUGGUAAACAAACAAUAAGAAGUUGUAGAGAAUGGCAUGCAAAAAUACAAUUUUUUAGUAAUAUUGUACUAAAAACUUUUACAAAUACUAAUAAUAGUACUGUAGCGUAUUGUAGAUUUAAAAAGUGGUUAAAAAUAGCUUACAGUAAGAUAUGAUAUGAUAGGGUAGGGUAUAAUAGAGUAAACGGGCACGGGCAAGACUAAAAGUAAGAGCAGGAAAAAAAAGCAUGGAGUUAGGGUAGAGGAAAAGGGUAAGGGAAAGGGUAGAGUAAAGGUAGAGUAAAAGAGCAUAGGCAAGGGUAGGGUAAGUUAGACUAAAGUGAUAUAGGCAAGGGUAGAAUAAGGGUAGGCAAAUGGAGAAAAAAGUAGGGCAUGGGAAAAGGUAUGGAAAAAUUAUUAUUGUAACGGUAAGACUGGUCCAAUGCAGGCAAGGGUAGGGGAAAUUUAGAGCAUAUAGCAUAAAGGUUGGGCAAGGAUAUAGCAAGUAUAGGAAAAGCGUAGGGUAGGGUACGGUAGGAAAGGAAGGGUAAUCUAGGAUAAGGUAAGGUAGGGUAGGGUAGGGUAGGGUAGGGUAGGGUAGGGUAGGGUAGGGUAGGGUAGGGUAGGGUAGGGUAGGGUAGGGUAGGAUAGGGUAAGAUAGGGUAGGGUAGGGUAGGGUACAGUACGGUAGUAACAAAUAACUCAAAGUACGAAAUAAAAAGUGAAAGUAACUUUCUCAUUAUGUGCAACUCGUAUCUCAUAAUGUUUUAAAGUACGUUAAAAACCUUAUUAUAAGUUGUAAUUGUAUUACCCAGCAAAGCUUUGUACGAAACGCAAAAAAGAAGUAUAAUUAUAGUAUAUUACAAUGUACUAUCUUACUGCAAAAAAUAUGAAAAUUAUUGCACAAGUAUGUUUACCUAAUUUGUACUGUAAGACAUUAGUAACUAAAGUACUAUUAGAGAAUCAUAUAUCAAGCGGUCAUUUUAGUAAACAAGUGUAAAUAGACAGAUUAUUAUUAAUAUUUUGAGUACUUUUAUCAACAACUUUAUUCAUAGGUACAAGUUAGAGAAAGCAAAACUACACGUACACUUUAUUUAACUUACAGUAAUUACAGUACCUAAGUUCCAGACGCAUCUCUAGUCUUAGCCCUAGCCCAAAACCCUGGCUUUAGCUCUAGCCCUGGUCCUAGCAAUAGCUUUAUCCUUAGCCCUAUCCCAAGGUUUUAGCCUCGGCAUUAGCUCUAGCAUUAGCCUUGUAUUCAGUUUUAGCUCUAGCCUUAGUCCCUGUCUCAGCUCUAGCUUCAGCUCAUAGCUUUAGCUUCAGACCUGGUCCUAGCCCUUCCCCAACCCUUAACCUUCAUCUCCCAGCUCCAGCUUGAACCCUAGGCCAGAGCCCUAGCCUUAGCUUUACCCUUACCUUUGUCUUACAGCAGCCUAGUACUAGCCUUAAAACUGUAAAAAUAUAAAAAUUUAAUUUUUCAGACUGUGAACCCUUUUAUAAACCUCACAAUUCAACUCAUGAACCAGUAACCUAUAUUCAAUAUGCUACACCAAUCGUUCCUAUAAACCAUAAUGAUGGUGGAAUUCAGCGUGAUUUGAAGGUAUCAAUCAACCAAAAGACUUCAAAAGAGAAAUUGUCUUCAAAAAGUAAAGAAAAAGCAGAAAGUCAUGAAAAGGAAGAAGAAAAAGAGUCAUCCGAAGAAGAUGAAUCUCUUCCCAAAUUGGAAACUUUGAAGCCAUUUGCAUUUGGAGCUACGGUUAACAAAGGUGUCAUACUGGAAGGUCUGACACUGUCACCGUAUGCUUUUUGGUCCGAAGUUAUACAGCCUGAGGCGUUGAGUGUAAGUAUUUUACUCUACUUUGCCUUACCCUACCCUACCAUAUCCUACCUUACCAUAUCAUACCCUAUCCUACCCAACCCUACCCUACCCUACUCUAUUUUACCCUACCCUGUCUUGCCCCACCUUAUCUUUCCUUACCCUACGUUAGCCUAUAUGUAUAGACUUCCCUCAUCCUACUUUCUCCUAUCUUGCUCUAUCUUGUCUUACCUUGCCUUGCGAUAUAUGGCCAUAUAUUGAGCUACUCUACCCUAGCUUGGCCUACUUUACGCUGCAUUGGCUCACCUUAUCCUACCUUUCUUUAUCUCUUCUACCUUUAAAGAAGCCCUACCCAAGUCUUACUGUAGCUUAAAGUUAAAUGUACUGUACUUUAAAGUAUUUGUUUUUACUUUACCCUUGUCUAUGUUACCUUAUUGUAGUAAUCUACCCAAUUACCCUAAUUCACACCGAAUAACCUUACAACUAACAAAACCUUUCAGUUCCAAGUUCUAUCACCAAGAGCCUUCAUCCCUUCAAUACUAUCACCUGGUGCUCUGUUAGCAAGAGUACUAAGUCCAGCAGCAUUUCGUGCUGAAAUUUUGUCACCUCGAGCACUGGUUGCUUGGGUGUUAACUCCGGAAGCAUUAAUUGCAGAAGUAUUGUCACCAAAGGCUCUGGAAGUUCGAGUUUUGUCUCCAGAGACUUUGAUUGUUCAAAUCUUGAGUCCUAGUGAGUUUUGAAGUUAAAAGGGGUAACGUACUGUUUUGAUAUGUCAUACUGUAUUUUUUUUAUAGUUUUUAUGUAUAGGUUUACAGGUAACGACUUUUAUGAAAUUCAAGGUAAAGUUUUGUGUUUUAGAUACGUUAGCUCCAAAAAUAUUGUCGCCAGAAUCACUAGGAGUGCUAGUGCUAAGCCCAUCAGUUUUAUCACCUCAUAUUUUGAGUAGUGAAAAGUUAAUGGUAGAGGUAAGUAUGAUCUUCUAUGAUUUCAAAAUUUGCUUUUAAAGCUUUGUUCUACUCUACCCUACCCUACUUUACCCUACCCUACUUUACCCUACUUUACUCUACCAUACCCUACUCUACCUUAUCCUAUUCUGUCUUAUCCUACACUGCCCUACAAUACUUUACCCUACCCUAGCUUACUUUAUCAUACCUUACCCUAUCAUAACCGACCCUACCUUGCUCUACCGUACCCUACUGCCUACAAUAUCCAAUCUUGUCUUACCGUAUUCGUAUCUUGCCUCACCGUAGCCAAUCUUGCCUACCGUAUCUACUUUAUCAUAUGCAAUCCUGUCAUACCCAACCCUACUACUUUGUCUUACGGUACCGCGCUAUAUGUUAGUCUAAACUCUUUGCUUAACCUUUUUAAUGUCAUUCUAAAUAUUAUCUUGUACUGUCAACAAGCCAGGAGACCUUAUUUUUCAGGUACUAUCACCCAGUAUUCUCUCUGGCUCUGAAGAGAGUAGUAAAGAAAGCAGUGAAGAACAUGAAGAACAUCAUGGUACUGGUCAUGACGGACAUGCUACUGGUCAUGAAGGACAUCCUACUGGUCAUGAUGGUCAUGGUACAGAACAUGAACUUCACAAUACCCUCCAUGCUGGUCAUGAAACUCACACUGGCUAUUAUAACAGCAUAGCUAACCAAAACAGUCAACACAUUCACAGUCUACAACAUAAUCUACAUCAUCAAGGUUUUACGAACAAUGUGGUUAAUAUUCAUGAUCAUUCGUCUCGGCCUACAGCUUUUGGUACAAAAAACACUGAAAUUUCAUCUCAAAGUGAUAGUAAUAGAAUGACAUCUAGAAGGGAUGAUAAUAGAAUGGCAACCGUUAAUGGCUAUAGUCAGUUUGAUAUUAAUGCUGGGCAACCUAUAAGACAAGCUUCGGCUGUUGGUUUGGUUUAG